AUGGCGCUGGCUGAGGGUGUGAAGCUGUUUAUCGGGCAAGCCACACAGCGCGCCACGCUGACCGGCGCUGAGCUCGACGUGCUGAUUGCGGAGGCGGGCCUGCCUGCGGAUGACCCACAGACCCGCGCUUAUCUUUAUGAGGUGCUCAACACGCUGCGCCCAGAUCUGCGCCUCCCGGUCAACAGCGCACGUGCGGUGGCGGCGGCAGCGGCCGCCGCCGCCGCGGCCGCAGGCGCCGAGUCAAGCGGGCCCGCGGAGCACGCGUGGGACUUGGGAGCCACCCACCCAAUCGAGCGGCGCGCGGCGGCGGGGUGCUAUGCAGUGGCAGCGGGCGGCCCGCGGGAGGCGCGGCGGCCCCUGGCCAACAGCACAAACCUGCCCGGGCGAACUGGCGUCGGUGGCAGCGGGCAGCCAGGGGGCGGCGGCGCAGGGGGCGGCGUGAGCGGCGACCGCGCGAUGCACCCCUUGGAUGAGUCUACGAAAGAGCAGCAGCAGGCGCAGGGGAAGCAGCAGCGGGAGCAGCAGCAGGAGAAGGCGGUGCUGGGACAUGACUACGAGGGAGAGGAGCCCAGGGCGCGGGCGCCGCUCCCAUCGGGCGCCCCGCCUCAGCAGCCAUGGGUGCAGCUUGCCGAGCAGCAGCAGCAGCAGGAGCGGCAGCCGGUGCCUCCCCGGCAACACAACCAGCCCGCCGGCCUCGCGGUCGAGGCUGCAUACCAAGCAGCCCUGGAGGUGAACCGCGCCAUAGACAACCUCAAGGCGCUCCAGCAGCAGCUGUCCCCGCGCCCCCAGCCGCCACCAGCGGCCCCUGGCUUUGCAAUGGCGCCGGCAGUGGGCACGACCGGCGGCGGCACGGACGUUGGGAACGAGGGCGCCGCGCCGCCGGUGAUGGCAACCGCCGAGCAGCUCGGGGCGCUGGUGUCGGCGGCCACGACGGCCGCGACCAAGGCGGUCGCGGCCGCGAUGGCCAAGGCCGCGCGCCGGCGGGCGGGUGCGGCGGGGGCGCCUGCUGUCGCGGCCGGGCGCGGGGAGGGCGCGGCGGCGCGAGGUGCGGCGGGCGGCAGCGGGGCCCGGCCAAGCGGUGCGGGCGAGGCAGGAUUGGCGGAGGCGGCGGAGGCGGCGGGCACUCUGCGCGCAGCCAAUGGCGACGGUCUGCCGAGGGUGGUUACUGUGAGGGUGGCCGACGCGCCGCCCGGCGUGGUGCGGGCCGCGGGCGGGCUGAAGGUAGGCGCGGGCGUUGAGCCGGCGGCGGGCGCGGCGGCUGAGGAGCAGCAGCCGGCGGCGGCUCUUUUAGGGCUGCAGCAGCAGCGGGAGCAGCAGCAGGAGCAGCAGCAGCAGCAGCAGCAGCAGCCACAGGAUCACGCGCAGACAGAUUACCACGAGCAGCAACACCAGCAGCAGCAGCUGUUGCUGCCCCUGCAACCGGAUUCCCUGCUGCCAUCUCGAGUGGGGCCAUUGCAGCCAGCCAAGGGGCCCCGGCCAGCGUGGCUGUCAGAGGUCUCGCCUGACUCGCAACAGACCCAGCAGCAGCAGCAGCAGCAGCAGCAGCAGCAGCAGCAGCCCACGCCGGCUGCAGCGCUCGCGGCUGCCCCUCUUCCGGCCGCCCUGCAGAGCUCCAUGCAGCGCACCCUGGCGGCCCUGCAGGACCCCGCGGCAGCUGCCCUGCAGCUGCGCGGCGCCCCGAGCACGGCCCCCCGCUCUUCGACGGUGCCGCUGGACGACGCGGCGGUAGCUGCCCAGCGGCUGCUGGGGGACCGCUUCGACUACGGCGCCGCCAGGACGGCGCUUGAGGCCGCCGGCGCGCGCGCAGCCUCGAUGGCAAAAGGCGGCGGCGCCGCCGCCGCGGCCGGCGGCAGCGCUUUUGGCACAGCGACGGGAGCCGGGGGUGGCGCGGCGGCUGGCGACAUUGCGGAUGCGGUGCCGCCUCUGGUGGCGUUUUAUGAGGCGGAGGACGC